UCCGUAGAAAGUAAAAGGGGAGGAGCGGUAUCGGAGAGUAAAGUAGCCACACGGUCUGUCUGUCUGUAUGAUUGUGUGACCAGGCAUGCACUCGCAUCUGAGAACCAACCGACGCUGAGCAGGGAGCGGAUGAAGAAGCGUUUGGUGGCAUCUGCGAACUCCCGACCACUCCGCUUACUAUUGGCAACGGAAAGACGGUAGCCUCGACAGAUACAGCGGACACCUGACACUCAGCAACAGAAGGCCAACAUAAUACAUUUAGCUGUAAAAAGCAACAACAGUCUUUGCUGGAUAAAUACAGCAUUCACACAUAAGGACGAACGCCGGUGCUGAAGCUCAGCUGCGACUAGGGAGGUGUAGACGGCAAUACUCAGAUCUCAUUUGUCUGUGAUGAGAAUCGCCAUCCACCAGAGACCUAAGGUACGGCGUGCCCCCGUCAUCGUCUCCUCUGAAAGGAAGAGGAAGUGAUGUCACGUCACCACAACCGCUUCGAGAGGGAGUACCGCGGGAUGCCGUGGGAGAGGCGGGACAUCAUCCGUCCGACUGGCCUCCUCAACGGAUCGGGAGCCAAUAACAGCUGCCCAGCCGUCAACGGUAACAAUCGCCCGGGACUCCUCCCACUGCCCGUCAUCCCUUCCCUCUUGCCAACCCCGGUUACGGUUGCCGUAACGACAUCGAGUGGUGGUGACAUGGUUGUCAAGCGUCAAGGAGGCGUCACAGUCACGGCCGCUGGGGCUGCCAAGGUAUCAGGUGUGUCUCCAGGGGAGAGGGAGAGCCAGGCUCCAGGUCUGCUGUUAGCUCCAGGGGUGAGGUGGGGACAGACACCCAUCAACCAGCUCACACCCUGGGAGACUGAUGAACCUCCUGCCAAACAACAGCACAGAGACUGUGAACCCAUAGGUCCUCCAUGGGUACCAUCUGUAGCAGCAGUGACCAAGUCAAGUCUCCUGCCCCACUCCUACCCCCUCCAGCCCCCCUCCUUCAGCCACAGUGUCACUGUCCAGUGCCCUAUUAUAGGUCUGACUCCCUCCAUCCAGUCACCCAUGCCCCUCCACCCCCACCCGCUCAUGACAGCCCACUUCCAGCUACCCCCGCACUCCACUGCCCACCAACCCCCCGCCAUGGUGCUCAAAAUGCCCUACCAGCCACCCUAUCCCUUGGCCCAGCCCCCUGUCUUCUCCUCGCCCCUCUCUACCCCCUCAGGUGGUCCCAGGGGAGCGCACCCCAACCAACAAAACCACAGAAUGAUGGGGAACGGUCAUCUGACGCAUCACCCCCCUCCUCACCACUCUCACCCAACUCACCCUCUCAUACAGCCAUGCCUGCCUCUAACCAAUGGGCAGUUGGCGCGGCUAGUUCCUCCUACUCCAGUAGCCAAUCAGGAUGGUCCUAGAGGGCCCAAUGGGCUGCAGAUGCUGAGGACGGUGGGGAUGGGAAAGUACGAGUUCACAGACCCAGGACAUCCUAAAGAGAUGUUGAAGGAGUUGAACCAACAGCGCAGAGCGAAAGAGUUUACAGACCUGAAAAUAAUUGUUGAAGGCAAAGAGUUUGAAGUCCACCAAAAUGUUCUAGCUUCCUGCAGCCUUUAUUUCAAGGACCUGGUGAAAAGGUCGUCAGGGGAGACGAGGAGCGGGGAGAAGCUAGAGCUGCAGAUGAGCAACAUUGGAGCUGAUGUGUUGGAGCUGCUGCUGGAGUUUGUCUACACGGGCUCUCUGGUCAUCGACUCAGCUAACGCCAAGACACUGCUCGAGGCCGCCAACAAGUUCCAAUUCAACACCUUCUGCAAAGUCGGUGUGUCCUUCCUAGAGAAACAGCUAACAGCAGGGAACUGUCUAGGUGUGCUGGGCAUGGCUGAGGCUAUGCGAUGUACAGAGCUCCACAACAUGGCCAAAGCCUUUGCACUCCAGAACUUCCCUGAGGCGGCGGGUCAGGAGGAGAUUCUGAAUGUGUCUAAGGAGGACCUGGUGGCCUACCUGUCUAAUGACAGCCUCAAUACCAAGACUGAGGAACUGGUCUACGAGACUGCAAUCAAUUGGAUCAAACGAGACCCCACCUCCAGAGUACAGCAUGUAUCAGAGUUAUUAGCAGUGGUGCGCCUUCCCUUCAUCCACCCGUCCUACCUGCUGAACGUUGUGGACAACGAGGAGUUAAUAAAGACGUCGGAAGCGUGUCGAGACCUGGUCAACGAGGCCAAGCGAUAUCACAUGUUACCUCACGCCAGACAGGAGAUGCAGACUCCUAGGACACGACCACGGCUAUCUGCAGGUGUGGCGGAGGUGAUAGUGUUAAUCGGUGGUCGCCAGGCCAUCGGUAUGAACCAGCGGUCUCUGACAGCGGUGACGUGUUUUAACCCUCAGAACAGUAAGUGGCACCCACUGGCCAGCCUGCCCUUCUACGACCGAGAGUUAUUCAGCGUCAUCUCAGCAGGGGACAACAUCUACCUGUCAGGUGGGACAGAGUCUGGUAUGACGGUAACUGAUGUGUGGUGCUACAUGUCUCUAUUGGACAAUUGGAACCUGGUGUCUCGUAUGACGGUGCCUCGCUGCAGACACAACAGUCUGGUGUACGACGGGAAACUCUAUACCAUUGGAGGACUGGGCGUGUCAGGAAACCUGAACCAUGUAGAGAGGUAUGACACCAUAACCAACCAGUGGGAGACUGUGUCUCCGCUCCCCAAGCCGGUGCACUCGGCAGCAGCCACGGUGUGCGGGGGGAAGGUGUAUGUGUUUGGAGGGGUGAACGAGGCGGGCCGAUCGGCGGGAGUACUGCAGUCAUACGUUCCUCAGACCAACUCCUGGAGCUUCAUAGAGUCACCCAUGAUCGAUAAUAAGUAUGCCCCAGCGGUCACUCUGAAUGGGCACAUCUUUAUUCUGGGAGGAGCCUAUGCCCGGGCCAUCACCAUCUAUGACCCAGACAAAGGAAACAUCAAAGCCGGACCCAACAUGAACCACUCACGACAGUUCUGCAGUGCGGUGAUCCUGGAUGGUAAGAUCUACGCAACGGGGGGCAUUGUGAGCAGCGAGGGUCCUGCCCUGGGCAACAUGGAGAUCUUUGACCCCCACACCAACAACUGGACGCUCCUCCAGUCGCUGCCCUGCCCUCUCUUCAGACACGGCUGUGUCGUCAUCAAGAAGUACAUCCAGAGUGGCUGAGAUCGGUUCAGUGAUGAAUGAGUUUCCUGAAAGCUUUGUAGCCAAUGUGGCUUUAUUUUCUCUGGACAACCCAGACCCAUGCCUCUUGUAGAAGAGCAAAGUGCUUCAGGUUCAUUUGGCGAAUUUAGUUCACUUCUCCCCCAGAACUGUCAAACAUUUACAAUUAUUGUUAGUCUCCCUCUGCUGUGGUGCUGGGUAAUCGAGACAAACUAAGUGUCGUGUUAGCUAUGAAGCUAUCGGGAAAACUCCCCCCUGACCGGUUUGGUCUGGUUAGGACAGGACACUCUGUGUGCAGCUUUUGGGGGUUGAUCGGUCAGCACCGCUGGACUGGACUAUCCAACUAAAACCCCCUCGGGACUUGAUGCCAGUGUUGUUGUCUUUACCCCCCCCCCACCCCCACCCCUUCAGUCCCCCAUCAACCCCCUGUGCAGAAUGUAGGCAUCUUACUGUAUCUUGAACCACUUGGCCAUGUCAGGUACUGGUGCCUAAGCUACUGUAUGUAUCAUAUAGUGUAGCUUAUCCCCCUCCCAUAAUAUAGACACAGGGCCACUCGAGACAAAAGCUCCUUGGUUUGUUGUUCCCAACUUCUUGCUAACUCCUCUUCCGUUUCAUACAAAUAGUUAAUUUAGUUCCAUCGCCUCAAUUGAAAGGCCCUUACCUGUUAUGUGUUUGUGACUCAAGUAUGUUAAAAACCAUCCCAGUCUUUGUUCUGUGACUCCUCUAGUGGUUUCUGUUAGUGAGGAACUUCUUUCCAAAUCAGAGGGCUCCCUUGGUUUAUGAGGACAUUCAGUAGUGGCAUUUGAAGAACAGGAGAACUGGGAAGAUGUCUCAGUGCUUAAAGGGACAGUGGAGAGAUAAGGAAGUCCACAGGGUUUUAGAAACAUAUUCAUGAAAGAAAAAUCUGAGGAGCCUUGUUUUUUUGUACAGAUGUUGUUUCCCCCUCGGUUUAAAAGGACAUGUUGGAUACUUAGUGUAUUUUUGGGCCAGAAACAUCACUGUUGGCAGAUGACUUACCUGGGAAUGGCAGAGAGGGAAUCCCUGUAUCAUGACAUCCCAGAGAGUCUGAGAAAGAGACUACAAUGGGGCAUUUCUCCUCCACACAGCCAAAGCACAAUAACCACCAGUGGCUCCAAGGAUCAAAAUGUUCCAUUAGAUUUACGUUUAUCCUCCAUCUUUGUUUUUGUUCCAUCCUUUUGUUUUCUAUUUGUAUAUCAUUGUUGGGUGGGUGGGUAUAUGGAUGAAGGUUUUGGGGACAUUCUGUAAAUACCGGGAAGGAAAAAUGUAUAUUUUAAAACCUGAAAGUGAUUCUGUAUAAAUGUUUUUAGAAAAAAACUUGAUAGGUUGGACUGAAAAUGGUGGGGCCAUACUUGCGACUAUUAGAAAACGUUUAAUGGCUCUAUUCAAUCCGCGUCGCGGAAGUUCAGCUUUUACAAGCGGAGACUGCAUUCACGUUUCAUGUCGGCUCAGCCGGAAAUGACCUUUGCAUUUCUGUCACGGAAGCUGUUACGCUUCAGCUUUACAGAUUGAAUGGAGCCUUGUGUUUUAGUUCCAUUUUAUUUGGCUGAUGCUUACACUUGUUGACAUAGUUGCACGUAAUCUAAGGUUACAUGUUAGCUGUUACCAUUUCAUAACCUGACAAAUGUAGCCCUAUGCGAACCUCACCAGGUGGCCGUGAUUAUUAAAAAAAAAAAUUGGUAUGA